AUGGAUCAAACAUCGGCUACGGGUGCUGCUGCGGCUGCCUCAGCAGCACCCACAGCUUCAUCGGCUGUCCCAGCUGCACCCGCAGCACCACCAGCUGCUCCGGUUGCCCCGGCCCCAUCAACUUGCUCUUGCCCGGCUCGCAACCAGCGGGUCCGGGGUGAAGUUGCUAAGAGUGUCGAGGACGCUCCCGGGCGCUCUGCCAUGUGGAGUCCGUACCCUCGCCUCAGCCGACGCUCCAAGUUUACAGAUUUGAUGUCUCGCGAGUCUGGUUGGACUGUACAAGGGCCCUCUGACGGCCGGCUCCGCGACGUUUCCCUUCUCGGCUAUCUACUUCCCAACUUACUCCCACCUAAAGAAGGGACCUUUUCGGCGAGUCAAAGACCAAGAAGGCCGGCCUAA